CCCUUUCAUCCAACAGAGCGUGAAGACCAUCUUCAACAGCAGCCAACUUUUCACCCCCACUGCUAGGAAAUGCACAGCAUUCUCCUCGCUGCUGUCCGCACCACCGUUUGCCCCUUACCAGAUUCCCAUCUGGUUACCGACGCAGCAACAGCCACAGCCUGACUGAGCUGCUUCUCUAUUGACGCUGUACAUUCAUCAUCGUCAUUCACUGGCUUGGCUCUAGGAAGGCCCUCACUGCCCACUCCGUCCACCGCCUUCUGCAACUUUCUACUUUUGCAAUCCUUACGACGUCCAGAGCUGCCAUAAGCAGCUCACAGUCACCACGUCUUCUUCAAAGAAAAGAAGAGUGACUCGCCAGUCGAGCAGGGAGCACGAGCCCAACGACGUAGUGCUGCCCUCCACUGAAGAAAUCGAUCCGACCUUCUCAUUUACAGAAGCCGCAGGCAUCCCGACUAUAGACACUCCAACCUACGUUCGCCACGGCGACUCGCUGCCACCGUCGGGUGUCCCACCACGUUUGCAAACCCAGUGCAGUUCGGUACCUGACUCGCCCUCUGCUGCGAGCUCCCCGUGCGCUUCAGCCGACCUCUCAGUGGACUUUGACCGGGGCGCAGAGUUUGCCGACUCUGCCUCAAGUCUACGGCCAACAGACUGGACCCUUCCAGGUAGCCAGUCGACUUCAUUCUACAAUACAGCUCACCGUGCUCUCAUGGGGGGUGCUCCCGAUCUUCCCCAGCGGUCCUCGUCCCCGCUCAAACGACCUGCCUCCAGCAUGGAGCCCGAAACGGACAGUACAAACCUGAAAGAGGAUGUGGUUAUGGGAACCGAGAAUGAAUCUGCUGCAAAGGCCAAAGAGGGCAAGGAUGAAGUGAUAGAUGGGGCUCCAUCAAGCCCAAAGCAGUCCACCAGAGAGUUAAAUGGGCUUCCUCUACGGAACGAUAUUCCUCCGCUCGAUCAGCAAAUCAAAACCAUCGAGACUCUCGUCAAGGCGUUUGCUGAGACUCCCAUCCAGGAGGGUGACGAGGCGUACCUAGUGUCAAGGAAAUGGCUUCAACGGGCCCAGGCCUUUGGGCUGGAUAGCAAACAUGUCAGCAAAGAGGUGCCAGAAGGGUCCCUCGGUCCAGUGGACAAUUCGGACAUCAUUGAGACCAAGUUCACAGACUCCAAUGGAGUAGAGUGUGUCAAACUGAAGCCAGGCUUGGGAACGGAGAGUUUCGAGCUGUUCCCCAAAGAUGCCUGGGAUCUCUUGCUCUUCUGGUACGGGCUGGCUACUGGACAAGCUCCGAUUAUCCGGCUUGCACACAACACGGCCCCCGAUGCGGUUUCGGAUCCCGUUAUUCAGUUCGAGUUCCACCCUCCUGUGUUUACUAUACACAGAUUGUGGUCGGCCACGAGCCCGAUUCCUAUAGAGCAGGAAAUCAAGCUCAAGAAGCCACCCCCUCCCAUUGUGGUUCAGAGUACGUCCUUCAGCUAUCACAAGUUCCUUAGACGAGUCAAGGAGCUUGCUAGUGUGGCACCGGACCGCAAGGUGCGCGUAUGGCGAGUUCUGCAGACCAUCCCCGCCACGGAAACCCCAGCCUCGGAGCCCUCAGAAUCCUCUGGGAUGAUGAAGACUCCUCCGGACUCUCCAGUUCAAGAGGUUGGCCUUCCCGAUGGAUUUCCUGCCGUCCCCGGGGCUUGGCCUGAGAUGCUUGUUGAUGUGGUAACUUUUGGGCAGUUGGAGAAGGGUGUCCAACGCGCCCUUGUUGAGGCACAGGACACAACUGUCCAUGCCAACUACAACGGCAAGAGGAGCCUGUCGCUGGUAGGCCUCAAUGUCGAUCAAACCCUUGUUCUGGACGAAGAAGUGGAGCGUCAGGACUGGGUGUCUACAUAUAGCGGUUCCAACGGCAAGAAUUUGACAACUAGGAAUAGCUCAACCGCUGUCGUUCAGGCCCGGGCCAACGUCAGCGGACGUAGCAGCCCCGCGCUUUCGGCACCUCUCACCAGAGGCCGCGCCCAGCAAAAGUCGGGGCGGACCCACGGCUGUGUAGGACUCCAGAACUUGGGCAACACGUGCUACAUGAACUCUGCUCUUCAGUGUCUGCGUGCCGUCGAGGAACUCACAAAGUAUUUCCUCACUCAUGAAGCGAAAAAGGAGAUCAACACCGACAAUCCUCUCGCCCAUGGUGGAGAUGUUGCCCUCUCCUACGGACGGUUGCUUGAAGAAAUCUACAAGGAACCCACACCAAACUCGGUUGCACCACGCCAAUUCAAGAGCGUUAUCGGUCGGUAUGCUCCUGCCUUCUCGGGAUAUGGCCAGCAGGAUUCGCAAGAGUUCCUUGGCUGGCUUCUCGAUGGUCUCCAAGAGGAUCUCAAUCGCAUCCUCAGGAAGCCGUAUAUUGAGAAGCCCGACUCUACCGACGAGAUGAUCAACAACCCUGCAGCGAUUCGGGAGAUGGCCCUCCAGGUUUGGGACAUUACGAAGCGGAGAGAUGACUCGGUCAUCUCUGAUCUGUUCACCGGCUUGUACAAGUCUACUCUUGUGUGCCCCGAAUGCAACAAGAUCAGCAUCACGUUCGACCCUUUCACCAACUUGACCCUUCCCCUCCCCAUGGCAAACUCGUGGUCCAGAGAGAUCAGGUUCUAUCCGCUGAAUGAUGCACCCGUCAACAUUGUCGUUGAUAUCGACAAGAACAGCAGCAUCAAGGGAUUGAAGCAGUUCAUUUCGCAGCGUGUUGGGGUACCUGUCGACCGUCUCAUGGCUUCCGAGGAAUUCUCGGGCAAAUUUUUCAAGCACUAUGAUGACAUGGCGACUGUCUCUGACGACAUCUCUAGCAACGAUAUCGUCGUUGUUCAUGAGCUCGAGGCUCCCCCCUCAAACCUGGCCUUGACCAAAGACUCAAAGAAGCAAAAGAUCAAGUCUCUUUUGGCUGACAAUGAUGAGGAAGACUUGGAGGAUCCUAUGGUACAAAGCAUGGUUGUUCCUGUCUUGCACAUGUGUUCACAGGGCAAAGCCAAGCGCAAGAAGAGCGUUCUGGUGCCGCCGCACUUUAUCGUGCUGAACCCAGAGGAGGCAUGCAGCGAAGACAUCAUCCGGCGGAAAAUCUUGGAGAAGGUGGCGACGUUUACCACACAUCCUGAACUUGCUGCGUUGGAGGAAACCGACGCAGGCGAUAAUAUUGAUCCGGAGAUGGCCAAUGUGGCCUCGGAUGUUGAUUCUUCAGGCGACUCGAAGAUAGUAGCGAAGUCGGUUGAGGGUGAAGAAGACAUUGUCGACGUCACCAUGGCUGAUGCAAACGAUGCGCCCAAGCCAGCAGCGUCCAGCGGGGCUGAACAAUCCUCACAGGCGCUGAAGGCAUCCAAGUCACAGCGACCCAAGUGGAUAGACCCCGAAGAGUUCCUUGCGCCGCAGUUCCAGAACCUGUUUGAUCUCAGCUUCUUCUCGGAAGGCACUAUGACCAUACCUACUGGGUGGCAGUCUGUGACCGAGGGGAAUGCGUACCCGAGACUCAGCACCAGGCAGCCAAAGCUGAUAAUGUCGGAUGUCGAGAUGCAGAGCCCCGGAGCUUGGGCCAACUCUGAUGCUAGCGGCAGCGACGAAGUGAACGAGGUCACUCGCAUGGCAGAGGAAUCCAGCGAUGAUGACUCGGAUUUCCCUCAUCAAGUCAAGGACCUCCAGUCACGAGCGAUUGAACCGCCAUCCCACCACGUGAACGCGCGCGGUGGUAAGAAGAAGAUGAAGGCUCGCCAACAGCAGAUGUAUGGCAAGAAGGCCAAGAAGCGGUUCGAAAAGCAACAGAAGGGCCGCAUGCAGAAGCAACACGCAAGCCGGCGUGAUACCGGUCCCAUUGAAGGUCCCCUGGUCCGUCUAGGUGAAGGUAUCAUCGUGGACUGGAACGAGGAGGCCUGGGAGGCUCUCUUUGACGGCCAGCCAGGAGAGUCAAUGCGCGGCUGCAAGACCUUUGAGAAUGUAGACACUCUGGUGGACCCUGCCCUUGAAGCCAAGAAGAAGCAAAGAGCUCUGCGUGCAAAGCAUGGCAUUACACUUGAGGAUUGCCUGAACGAGUUUGAGAAGGAGGAAAUCCUGUCAGAGCAGGAUACGUGGUACUGCCCACGCUGCAAAGAGCAUCGACGGGCUAGCAAGAAGUUCGAUCUCUGGAAGACGCCAGACAUUCUAGUCGUCCACCUCAAGCGUUUCAGUUCUGUUGGAUACCGCAGGGAAAAGCUCGACAUUCUGGUUGACUUUCCAGUGGAAGGACUCGAUCUGACUUCUCGGGUCAUCGACAAGGAGGACGGGAAACAAGAGAUUUACGACCUCAUUGCCGUUGAUGACCAUUGGGGUGGUUUGGGUGGUGGUCAUUAUACUGCCAAAGCCAAGAACUUCAACGAUGGCUCCUGGUAUGAGUAUAACGACACGGGUGUGAGUAAGUGCAGCGAUUCUCAAAAGGUUGUCAGUGCUGCUGCGUACCUUCUCUUCUACAGAAGACGCUCUGAAACACCGCUGGGCGGACCCAAGUUUCAGGAGAUCUUCGACAAGUAUGACAGCCAGAUUGCCUCCGCCGAUCAAGACAUGUCCGACUCGGGGGAAGGGCAGCGUCUCGGCCUAAGCUCCUCCCUUCGUGGAUCGCCGAGCGCUUCGACCGGAGCAGGUCUAACUCUCCCUCGAGGAAAACGUGGUUUGGUUAGCGACGACUCUGACCGCGCGGGACAGGCCCUUAUCCCUGCUGACCCUGAACUGCCAUCCUAUCAGGCAAGCGUGGGGAAUGGUGACGAGGAUACCGAGAUGGGCGCUGCGCUGUGGGAUCAAUCCACGUUGCACAACAGCAUUGAGGGUGAUGAGGAUGAGGGCAUCGGCCUUCCCGACUACGACAAUGGCGGUAUGGCCGGCAUGACUUCGGUUAUUGGCUCGAACUGGAAUUUCCAGAACAUCAAGCCUGGCUCGGUGGCGUCUGACGGGGACAUUGCUAGCGAUAUUGCGCAGAACGACAACUCGUCCAACGACGACGGCUUUGCGGCCGGGGACGAGAUGGAUGAAGUCUUCAUGAGUGGUCCAUCACUGGAAUUUAUUGAGCAUGAGCCGACAUUCCCCGAAGAAGAGAUCCCAGCGCCUCCCGCCGAAGCACAGAACUUGUUUGAUCAGAUAGCCGAGGACAAAUGGGCACAGCAGCAGAUUCACACCGUACCUGCUGAUAUUGCCGAUGAUCAUGCCAGCGACAAGGUUGCUGAGAUACGGGUUGGUGACGGAGGCGAGGACCAACAGGCUCAGGUGCAAAAACCGAGUGCUUAGGUUUCAGCUCGGUCUUCAGGAGGUGCAGAGCCAGAGCUGGCCUAGUAUACCCCUCGGCCGUACAAGCCUUCUGGUGACCCACCCGAAGCGCAUCCGGAUACCGAUGUCAAGGAGGGUCUGGAUAAUCUUUUGGACUGGGUAGACGGAAACACGCAAAGCACUUAGGAAAUGUCGGACCGGGUGGAUUUUGACCAUGAAGAAGAAGAGUCGGUCACCACCACCAGUGUUAAACAACCUGUACAAAUCAAGACGCCCCCGGUUAUCGCAUCGCCCAACCCUACACGACUUCCCAUCCCGACCUUUUCAUUUGCAGGUAUAAAGCCCCAGUCGGCGAAGUCAAACUAUGGAGCUUUACGUCGUGUAACAGUCAAGAAUCUCUCAGCCUCCUCUACAUUGCUUAAACGGCCACAAGGUUGUUCUGCUCAUAUAAGUACACUUGGACGUAUCAAGCUGCCUCCGCUUGAUCGGCAGCCUGGCCAUUCAAGAAAUACAUUCCCCAGACUUUCACAACUUCCCACUCCUGGUGCAUCUCUUAGAGGUGUCAAACUGCCUUCGCUUACAGAACUUGGACUUUUGAAAAUCACAUUACCGGGGCUUCCGGAACUUCCUUACACUUCAUCUGCAGGUACCAAGCCGCCUCGGCCUAGGCGGGAGAUUGACCCUUUGGAGGUUAUGAUACCCAAGUUUGCGCGUCUUUCUGGUCAUGUUAUGGGGAGGAACCCGUCUCUGUUGAGGAAUGAGGUCGGAUUCUCGGAGUCGAACCAGAGUUCAUCCCCGAAAGGAAAAGAAAAAGAGAGGAGGAUGGCGACGAGAAGGAAAAGAAUAAAGACAAGGGCGAAGGAAUGGGAAGGGAGAGUAAGUGGGGAAUUGUUCACUUCUAGGGGCUUGGGCUUGGUUAGGGCAGAGGAUAAAUGGGGAUGGGGAUGAUGGGUAGUGAUAGAGUGGGGUUUGGUGAUGGAGUAAAAUUGUACCUAUUAUGCACAGACAUGAAUAUGGGAGUGAGAUGCGGCGUCACAUACAUAACAUACAUUUGCUGCUUUGGAAGAGGAGACU